AUAGCCAUAACGAGUAGACGCAAAAGUCGUGUAAUAAAUUAUUGCUGCAAUUUUGUGGUAAAAUAUAAUUGUAUUUAUUAAAUUUGUGUACAAAACACUAAAUAAAAUGUAAAUUAAUGUUACACAGUGAAAAUUUACACAUUUCGGCAAAAAAUUGUGCAAAAUAUAUGUAAAAUAUUUUAAACGAAUUUUAAUGUGAACAUAAAUGAAGUGGUAGAAAGAAAGCAAAAAAGGAAAACAGUGAACCAACAAGAAAAUUCGAUUUAAAUUAAAAUCUAAUCAGAAAUCUUAACAAUAAAAUAUAGUUAUAAAAUUAUUAAAAAAUAUUUAGAUUUCACAAAACAAAUAACUAAUACAAGCUAUAAGUUUAAAAUUGAAUAAAAAUUAAUAACAAUAUUUAAUAAGUGUUGUGUUUUAUGGUAACGUGAAAUUUUUCUAUUGAUACGUUGCUACGUUUUCAUUUCUUACAUAUUCCGAUUUUCGUACAAAAAGGAAUCAUUAGCAGCAACAACAACAAGCAGUAAAUAUAUUUGCUAAACAUAAAAAGUGAAGUGUGUGGACCAGCAGCAGGAACGGUGGAGUGAUGUGUGCAAAGAAGAAGCAACACAAAAUAUUAAAAUAAAAAAAAAACGGUAAAAAAGGAGAAAUAGCGAAGAAGGCAAUAUAUGAACUAAAUUUGCACGAUAAAUAAAAGAAAAGCAAAAAGUUUAUUGUAAAAGUGCUUGCAGAAACAGCUUAAAAAAAUAUAAAUAUAUAAAAUAUCACGAAAAAAAUUCAAGCGAGUGCUGAAAUUGUAAAACGAAGAAAGAAACGCACAAAUUAUUACCCAGAAACUAAACAUAAAAAAAUGUUGGAAGUCAUAGAAAAGAGAAGAACGGCUGCAUGAGCUCCAGCAAGGCGGCGAGCGCCAAUUAAAUAGUUGCGGCCUCAAAAUAAAAUAAACAUAAUAUUUAGUGAAUAAAAGUAUAAAGUUUUCAUAAGAUCUAAUAUAUACAUAUAUAUAUAUAUUUAGCAUAUAAAGAAAAAUAUCUUUGUGGCAACAACCACCUUUUACCGCAAAACACAGACAUUGAAAAAACACAUUAAAAACAAUAAAAAUCUAAUAAUAUAAGACACACACAUCACAAUGUACGGUAAAUCAAAAGCCUCAUCUGUGCCCUCAGACGCACAGGCACGCGAAAAAUUGGCACUAUACGUGUACGAAUACCUGCUGCACAUUGGCGCUCAAAAAGCGGCACAAACAUUCCUGUCAGAAAUCAGAUGGGAAAAAAAUAUCACACUAGGUGAACCACCUGGAUUUCUACAUACAUGGUGGUGUGUAUUUUGGGAUUUAUAUUGUGCAGCACCUGAACGACGUGAUCAGUGUGAUCAUUCAUCAGAGGCAAAAGCUUUCCAUGAUUACGGUUUUGUGAGCUCUGGUUAUGGUGUAAAUGGUAUUGGUCCAGGCGGUCCACAUAAUGCUGGUGGUCCAGCACCAAGCCCAUUAGGGCAAAUGCCACCCGGCGGUGAUGGUCCAAUGGGCCCAGGCGGACCAAUAGGUCCCAACUUUUUCCCAAAUUCAACAAUGCGGCCUUCCCCGCCUACACAUGCUUCAAGUCCGCAACCGCCACCUUCACAAAUGAUGCCUGGCCAGCCACCAUUUAUGGCUGGACCCAGAUAUCCUGGUGGUCCCAGACCAGGAGUACGUAUGCAAGGAAUGGGUAAUGAAUUUAAUGGUCCUCCUGGACAGCCUAUGAUGCCCAAUAGUUUGGAUCCAACAAGGCCUGGUGGCAUGGGUCCAAUGAAUCCGCGAAUGAAUCCACCACGUGGUCCUGGUGGCAUGGGUCCAAUGGGAUAUGGCGGACCAGGUGGUAUGCGGGGACCAGCACCGGGACCAGGUGGUAUGCCUCCUGGCAUGGGUAUGGGCGCUGGUGGUCGACCACCACAAUGGCAACCGAACGCGACAGCACCAAUGAAUGCGUAUUCAUCAUCAUCACCAGGUAAUUACGGUCCUGGUCCCGGUUCGAACGGUCCACCUGGCCCUGGUACGCCCAUAAUGCCUUCACCACAAGACAGCACACAAGGAGGUCCCGGUGGUCCUGGCGACAGCAUGUAUUCGCUUAUGAAACCUGAAUUUCCAAUGGGUGGUGGUCCUGAUGGUGGUGGUGGCGGUCCUGGCGGUAUGGGUCCAAUGGGCGGUGGACCUAAUUCAAUGGGUCCAGUACUUAAUGGUGGCGGUGGCGAUGGUACAGGCUUAGACGGAAUGAAAAACUCACCAGCAAACGGCGGUCCAGGUACACCACGAGAAGAUUCAGGUAGCGGUAUGGGUGAUUAUAAUUUAGGUGGAUUUGGCGGCCCCGGUGAAAAUAAUCAAGCAGAAUCAGAAGCUAUUAUGAAAAUAAAAGAAAGUAUGCACGAAGAAGCAAAACGAUUUGAAAAAGAUUCUGAGCAUCCGGACUAUUUCAUGCAAUAACAACAUACCACGGCCACGACGCACACAGCGGUAUUAGGCGCUAAUCUUUUAGGUAAACCCUCAGUUGCAUUAAACCUCAAUAGCAGCAUUAACAAUAGCAACAGUGUCCCUAAUCCCACAUGCGCACCGCAUUUUCCUAAAGAACUUAAUUUUUAAUUAAGCAAAAACCUAAACCUAAAUCAAACCUAACAAACAGAAAAAUAAAACGAGAAAGAA